CCAAAUCAUAAACGGCCGCACGGCUAUGUUCACGCAACCUCCUUUUUCCCACGCCGUAUCCUUGCCCAUCAUCUCCUACCUGCAGGCCGUCAAUUUCAACACUCGCAGAGAAGGGCGUUCUCCCAUAUUUCCUGCGUCGUGUGAUUCGAAGUAGCGGCAUCGACCGUCAUCCAGCACAUCGGGAGUCACGAACUGACAAUCCACAGCCCGUGGGAAAAUCCCAACAACUGACGAGGGAACUGCUGCGACCGAACACCAACCCCACUCGACAGUUCACCAAAGACGCAUAUUUUGGCCCGCUAUGGGUUGUUUUAUGAGUGCAGAGGAGAAGGAGAACAAGCGCAAGAAUGAUGCCAUCGAGGACGCGCUUAAGCAGGAGAAGGUGAAGCUAAGGAACGAGGUCAAGAUGCUACUGCUUGGCGCUGGUGAAUCAGGCAAAUCUACGAUCCUGAAGCAAAUGAAGCUGAUUCACGAUAAUGGAUACAGCGUAGAGGAGCGAGAGACUUUCCGCGAGAUUGUAUUCUCAAACACGAUACAGUCUAUGCGGGUCAUUCUCGAUGCUAUGCAGCUGAUGGGCAUCCCGCUAUCGAUCCCCCGCAAUGAAACACACAAAUCCGUCAUCAUGGAACUCCCCCACCAGAUCGAAGCAGACUUCCUACCCAGCGAAGUAGCCGCCGCCGUCAAAUACCUAUGGGCAGAUGCAGGUGUCCAAGCCUGUUUCAUGCGGUCACGCGAAUACCAACUGAACGAUUCCGCGCGGUACUACUUCGACGCCAUCGACCGGAUCGCGGAGCCGGGCUACGUCCCUACCGACCAAGACGUGCUUCGAUCUCGCGUGAAAACCACCGGCAUCACCGAGAACACCUUCCACAUCGGCGACCUGACCUACCGUAUGUUUGACGUCGGCGGCCAGCGCUCGGAGCGGAAAAAAUGGAUCCACUGCUUCGAAGAAGUCACCGCCAUCGUCUUCCUCGUCGCCAUCUCCGAAUACGACCAAGUCCUCAUCGAAGACGAGACGGUCAACCGCAUGCAAGAAGCCCUCACGCUAUUUGACUCGAUCUGCAACUCCCGCUGGUUCGUCCGCACGUCCAUCAUCCUCUUCCUGAACAAGAUUGACCUGUUCAGAGAGAAACUGCCCCGGUCGCCCAUGAUAAAGUACUUCCCGGACUACCGCGGCGGCAACGACUACGAGGCGGCGACAGAGUAUAUCAUGAACAGAUUCGUUUCGUUGAAUCAGAGCGAUCAGAAGCAGAUCUAUUGUCAUUUCACUUGCGCGACUGAUACGUCACAGAUUAAGUUUGUCAUGGCUGCUGUGAACGAUAUCAUCAUUCAGACCAAUCUGAGGGAUUGCGGGCUGUUGUAGGAUGUGGCCUCCGAAAUGGAUCGACUGAACGCCACCACCGCACACUUUCCUGAACCUCGCCCUGGCUGGCAUCACCUUACGGCGUAUGAACCCCACUGAACUCCGCUACUCCCUCCCUGGCGUACUCUCACCCAUCUCCCGUCCCCCAUCCUGUCUGUAUCAACCUGCCUAUCUGUGUCUGUCUGGGUACCUGUGUCAAACGGCGUGUCCUCCCCUUUGUAAUAUGUGCCAUCCCUUACCCACCCCACUCUGACUGCCUACCCAUCCACGCAACAAAAUUGUAACUAGUGGGUUCAUCUCCCUGCGCGCAAAUAUGGUCGUGUAUACCCCCCGUUACGGUUCCCUUCUCAAUUCGAUCAAUGG